AUGAAGUUGCUCCAACUUGUUGCGGCUCUCGCAGCUGCGGGCAGCGUCCAGGCUCUUGCUUCGACGACCAACGGCACGGCCCAGAAAAACUCGACCAUCUACAAAGCCGCCUACGCAAAGUAUAACCCGCUAACACCCGUUUUCCAGAAUGUCAGCGGCGUCACUGUCAACCCGCUCAUCAAAGUCCUCCAAGUCAGCAACAACGGAACGUCCUUGGGCAAGAGACAGACCGGGGACAACGGCUUGCCCGAAGGGACCUGUGCUCCCGGAACUCCCUGCAGUAACGGAGCCUGUUGCAGCAGCACCGGUAUUUGCGGAUACAGCCCGGACGAGUGCGGUGACGAUGUCUGCCUGAGCAACUGCGAUGCCAAGGCAGAGUGCGGACAGUACUCCGAAGGGGGCACCGUGACUUGCCCAUUAAAUGUUUGCGAAUUCUGCACCACCUCUGGGGAGCAUCCAUGCCAGGAUGGCUACGGCAGCUGCGGAGAGGUGGCUGAACCUUCAUGCUCAGGAAGCAGCGCUGCCGCCAUAAGUAUCGGCUACUACGAGGCAUGGAGCUCCACACGCCAGUGCGACAGCAGGGAUCCAGAAGACUUGGACCUCACGGGGCUCACACACCUCAAUUUUGCGUUUGUGUACUUUGACCCGACCACGUUCGAGAUGACGCCCAUGACCGCAACCGAUGUUCCCCUGUACACUCGCUUCACUGGCCUGAAGUCGAACAACCCGUCACUCAAGACGUGGGUGUCGGUUGGAGGAUGGGCGUUUAAUGAUGAAACCAAUACCCCCAACACGCGCACGGCUUUCAGCGACAUGGCUUCAAGUGCAGCAAACCGCAAAGCCUUCAUUGACUCCUUGGUCAAGUUCAUGCAGACCUACGGCUUCGACGGAGUGGACCUGGACUGGGAGUAUCCUGGUGCCGAUGACCGCGGCGGGAUCGAAGCGGAUACGGCAAACUUCGUCACCCUCUUACAGGAGAUGCGUGAGACAUGGGGAUCGACCUAUGGCAUCAGUGCGACGAUUCCUUCGUCGUACUGGUACAUGCGCUGGUUCGACGUCGCGGCCAUGCAGGACUACCUCGACUGGUUCAACUUCAUGAGCUACGACAUCCACGGUGUCUGGGACAGCACGAACGACGUGACCGGUCCAUAUGUUCGCCCUCAUACAAACAUUACCGAGAUAGAAGCCGGCCUCGCUCUGCUGUGGAGAGCGGGCGUUAAUCCGGAUCAAGUUGUUCUCGGCCUCGGCUGGUACGGUCGUUCGUUCACCCUGACCGACCCCACAUGUACCACCCCCGGCUGCGCCUUCACUGAAGGUGGCAAGGCCGGAGAAUGCACAAACUCAGCAGGAACGCUGUCGAAUGCGGAAAUCAAUCGAAUCAUCGAGGAGAACGGGCUCACCCCUAUCUCCAUCGAGGAAGCUGCUGUCAAAUACAUCACCUGGGAUUCUGAUCAAUGGGUCAGCUACGAUGAUGGCCCCACCCUGCAGAUGAAGAUGCAGAGAGCAAACGAGCUUUGUCUUGGUGGUACCAUGAUUUGGUCCGUCGAUCAAGAUGACGCGAAUGGCACCAGUGCCAACGACAUGCUCGGUAUUGGUGCGAGCAGUGGCUACCCCUCUGAACUCACUGCCAGUAUUCGUGAGAAGAUGGCCGACGCCGAUUCCGUUGCAGACAUAUCGAACUCUUGCUAUUGGUCUCUAUGCGGUGGGGAGUGUGUCUCGGGAUUCUUCCAAGUCACCCAAGCCCGGGGCCAGGUAGCAGGGGUUUCCACAAGCACCAUCUGCGCCGAUGACUCGUUCCAGAACCUUUGCUGCGCCCCCGGUACCACUAUGGGCACCUGCGCCUGGGAAGGCUGGGGCGGCGCUGGCAUGGCUUGCGGCACCCCGGCUUGCAACGAUAGCUCCGCAGUUGCCGUCGCCGGAAACACCAACCACCUGGAUGAUGUCCCUGAGCUUCAGAUAUACGACGAUCAGACAUGCAACGGCGGAACCCAACUUUUCUGCUGUGUCGGCUUCAAGCCUUCGACAAUCGCAAGCGCCUCAAAUCUGAACUUACUCGGUCAGGCAUCCACAUCUGCUCUUCGGCGGCGCGGAACAUCUAGUGGGGCUGGACUUAGUACGGGUGUUUGCUUGACGGCAGGAACUGGGAUAGCCAUCGCCUACGCGGCCGCCGCUUUCUUGUCCGGUGGCCUUAUCACAGUCACUGCUACGCCGCUGCUCACGGGAGCCUUGGGCAGCUUGGCAGUGGGAUGCAUGGCCACUCUUGCAGCGGAAGGAGCUCUGGGGAACAUGUCUCCCUCACUCGGGCUCGGGCUCGAUAUUGUUGGAUAUGCCAUUUCCGUCAUCGCCUUCAGCUCCGGCAGGACGCUGCGCAGCGGAGCGAGCGGUUCAAACAAGAGGCCGGCAGCAGCCCCAGCCAAGAACCCCAGCAAGCCCAAGAAGCCCAAGGUGGACGCGAAUGGCAAUCAGCUUUUCGGCGUCUACACGAAGAAGACUUAUGAUCCCAAGGACGACGAUUGCUCGGUUACAUACACGUGUAACUACGGACUCGGAUGGGAUGAGAUUUGCGAUAACCAGAAAUGGGCCAUUGACAAAGGCCUCGGCGGAAAAACAGUCUACGGCGUCGCAGACACUGGUGCUAGAAAUGCCCGAGGGGCCAAGUUCUCCAAAGACGACUGGUCCAGUUUGUUCAGAGCCGACUUUUACCGCACGUUGGCUGUCCAACACCAAAACGGCGAAAACACUGCACGGUGUCAAGUUGAUGAGUUCCCAAUGGCAUCGCUCGACGAGGGCUUGAAGCCGCAAAAGCAAAUUGUUCGGCUUGUCAACGGAAGGGCAAAUGGUCUACAAGGAAACGAUUGGUGGAUGUGGCAGUUGGCUUCCUACCAGCCCUGUAGUGCUCUUCGAAAGGCAAAGGGAAAGCCUAAGCCGCCUGUGACCUGGCGCUUUGGGAGCCCUCCUCAAGACGACAAUCGAAACGAUGCAUCAUCUGGUGGUAGCCAUUUCAUUCAGAAAUAUGGGUUUGACUCUCAAACAGCCAAUUCGGAAUGCUGGGCUACCUAUGACGACCCCCUCAGUCAUACCCAUGCUACUGUUUUGGACCACGGCUUCCGAGCUCUUCCAAACGAUCCCAUGUUCGUCGACUACAACUGGCCCGCCCAAGACUACUGGAACACGCGUACGCAAGUGACCAAGCCCAUGGGUGGUCUCGUGGAUGCCUACCAGCUUGCCACAGACGUCGCGAGUGCAAACUGGCUCAAGCGUGACGAGGUGCCUGGAAUGACGGGCAGCACCGCCAACGGCACUCUCGCGGAUCUUGAGAUCGUCGAGGUGGAUAUGGACGGCAUGCGGCUCGAGGACCUUCAGCUGAACCCAGACGUCUUCACCGAACUGCACCUCAACGAGGCCGAGCUUGCCGAGCUCGGCAUGAACAAGGAGGACAUUGUCCUACUGAAACGCGAGACGGAGCCCGUCCCGCCGCUCAUUCAGCCCAGGCCGAACGCCGCGGAUGUGACCACUGCUGCCUCGGCGCCGACGCCUGUUGUGGAACUGUCGCAAACUGGUGCCAUUGCGUCGAACUCGGCGCCUGCACCGACGGGGCAGAUUUGGCGGAUGAGGUAUGUGGGGGAGUAG